UAUGUAUAUAGUCAUGAGAAUUUAGAUUGAGAAGUAAAGAAAGCAAAAGAAACGAAACCGAAUAUAUGGCAAUGAGAAUGGUAAAGAGUGAAGACAACCUCGGGAAAACUCAUGCGAGAAAGCGAAGGAGAAGAGAUGCCGUUAUCAGCUAUGGUGAUGACGGUCAAGAGACGGAAAACCGACAAGCGGGUCCCGCGUCGGUGGGACCCACAACUGUAAAAAGAAGUUCCAAGUUUCGUGGUGUGAGCAAGCACAGAUGGACAGGCAGAUACGAAGCACACUUGUGGGAUAAACUAACUUGGAAUAUUACUCAGAAGAAAAAGGGUAAACAAGUUUAUCUUGGGGCUUAUGACGACGAGGAAGCUGCAGCACGAGCAUACGAUUUAGCAGCACUUAAGUAUUGGGGAAAUUCAACUUUCACUAAUUUUCCUGUAUGAUUAUUUCCCUGUCGAAACAACGAUCUUCGUAACUAUCU